AUGCCACCUCCACCCAUUCUGUGUUCCAUGAAGGAGCUCGCGGGUUGCAAUGUGGAGGACUUGCGUUACGUAGGGGUUCCCUACCCCGAAAGAGAGAUUCCGCACCAUGGCUUUGCAGGUUGCCAUGCCCUGUUGCUUGUUGAUAUUGCAGACUCGGUGACUCGACUUGGGCCCUCAGCCUUUGCUGGCUGCAGUUCUUUAAGAAAUUUGGCAAUCCCCGGCGGUGUGACUGAAAUCGGACAGGGCACCUUUGAUGGCUGCAAAUCCUUGGCGAACCUGAGCAUUCCAAGGGGCGUGAUAACCAUUGGAAAGCGCGCCUCUAUUGGCUGCAGCUCUUUGACAAAACUUGCCAUCCCCCCUCAGUGA